UUUUCAGGUAGUAAAUAUCGAAUACACGGAGGAUAUUUGGGGUAAUGGGACGGGCUACUAGCCCCUCCCCCGUUGUUUUCUUCGCACAGCUGAUUUGGCUCUAGACACGUGUACACAACAGUAAAACUUUGCACUUGUGCCCUUCUCUUUGUCAGCGCUGCUUCUCUCGGCCGGUAAACCAAAAAGCUCACCGAACCCAGGCGCAGUCAUUCAGAACGGUACCUUCGCCUCUCUACUCGAGAACCGUAUCAUGGCUCACGCUCAAAAUGGUUCGGUCGGGAACUCCCCUCGGAUUUCGUCGCUCGAAUCGAGAGAUCAACUGGCUUGGAAGAAGGUUUCCUACACGACUUUGAUUUCUCUCUUGGUCGGCGUCCCAGGCGUGGUCCAGUAUAUUUCAGGCCUUCCCUGGUGGGUUUACCCUGUCACAUUCCUUCUCUGCCUUCUGCCGACUUUCGGUGCAUUUAUGAUAAUUUUUAACCGUAUUUGUGUCGGUGAACUUGGGACAAAAUGCAAUGUGAUGUCGAAAUAUGUGAAGUUCAACGACCCUUCGCUCGAGAAAAGCUACAGCAAUAGAAAAAUCCCCAUCUAUGUGUUGUACGAGUCGUAUGCCGACGGUAAGCUAGACUUCAAGAUGGAACCGCUACAAGCUUUAGAACAUCGCAAUGAAUUCACUACCUACGAACUUGGCUACUAUCACUUGAAAUUUUUUCUUUGUAAUUUUGUGCCGGAGCUGUUGUCGCACUCGAGGACUCAAGAUUGUGAGCAAGUCCGCGACCACUAUGACCGCGGCAAUGACUUCUACGAAGCAUUCCUCGGACCAAUGAUGAUCUAUACCUCUGGCAUCGUCUACAACGAAGAUGAAAGUCUAGAAGAUGCUCAGCGAAACAAACUCAGUGCCGUAUGUGAGAAAGUACAGUUGAAAAAGGGUGACAAGCACUUGGACAUCGGGUGCGGUUGGGGUACCCUAGUCAACUAUGCUGCUGAAAACUAUGGGUCAUACUCCACGGGGGUGACUUUGGCUAAAAACCAGGUGGAGUGGGGUAACAGAGUUGCCCAACUGAAGGGGGUUGAGAACCGUGUCAACUUCCUCUGCUUAGACUAUCGUGACAUUCCAAGGACCAAGUACAACAAAAUAACGUGUCUGGAAAUGGCCGAGCAUGUUGGUAUCAGGAAUUUCCAGUCAUUCCUUUGGCAGGUGCGAGAGAUGCUGGAGGAUGAUGGCGUGUUCUUCCUGCAGAUUGCUGGCCUGCGUAGGGCAUGGCAGUGGGAAGACUUCAUCUGGGGCUUGUUUAUGGCCAAAUAUAUCUUCCCAGGUGCUGAUGCUAGCUGCCCCCUGGGUUGGUUUAUCACUCAUCUAGAGCAAGCAGGAUUUGAAGUGCAAGGCACAGAGAAAAUUGGCAUCCACUACUCAUACACCAUCAACCGCUGGUAUGAGAACUGGAUGCGCCCAGAGGCCCAGGAAGCAAUGGUAAAGAAGUAUGGUCGCAUUGCUCGCAUCUGGAACAUCUUCUUGAGCUGGUCAACCAUUAUUGCUCGCCAAGGUAACUCCACUUGCACCCAAAUUGUGUGUCACAAGAACCUGAAUGGUUAUGACCGUACCAGGUUUUACCAGAAGAAAAGAAACUAAGGCAGAUUAGUUUACAUCAAAGGGUUACUCUAAGCUCUUACAAACCUGUCAAUUCUGAAAUUUCAAGUUGUUUUUGGAUUUAUUUUUAUUUUGAAGAAAGCACCCUUACUCAGUAAAUUAGUAUAACUAGUUAUGAAUUGAAAGGUAUUUAUUGAUAUUUUAAUAUCAGAAGGAAUUCUAAAAUAUAUGACAGAGUCUUAGGCAAAUUCGAAUUCCUUUUCUAUACUUUUUACUUAAGCCUAACAUUAAAAUAGCUUAGAAGCCUUAUUUCAUAAAAUCCCAAUUUCAUUACUUAUUUACAUAUUUACUUAGUAGGAGAGUUCAAACACUGACUGGUUGGUCUACUGUUUUAUAUAUAAUUUAGUGCUUCAUCCUUUAAUCUUUCAUAGCGUUUUUUGCCAUGUUUCAAUUGCAACUGACCAAUAUUAAUACUUUUCAUAAUUAUUUAGGUGUGACUUUAGCGAUUGAGUGAUUUACAAACGCUUUGUUUGCUUUAAAAGAUUCGCAAUAGUAAUUUAUUAUUGAUUCAUGGUAUACUGUGGAAUUGCAUUUACCAAUCAAAAUUAAGAUUUUGUUGGAUUCCCAUUUAAGCCAGAGAUGCUUCUAUGUAAGAAAAAAUAUUAUGACAAAUACCAUAUGUUUAUUGCUUGAAUACUUUCAAAUCAUAACUACAGACUGUCAAUCAAUUAUGAAUUAUAUAUGAAACUUGGGACCAGAUUAGAGAAACAAGAAACAUUUCCCAAUCUGUUUGAAAUACAUCAAAUUCACACUGUACCAAGUGUACCAUUGUAGAUUUCAUACCAUCGCUUUUGAGUGUUGCAACACCUUCAUUUCCUAUACAUAUCUAUAAACAAACCUGACAAUGUCAAAGCUUUAAUUAUAGUCAAUUUUUACCAGGUUAUUAAUAUUAUCUGAUGUAAUCACAUACAUUAUAGUAUAGUUUUUGAUUCAGGGAAUGGUUGAUUGGAACAAUAACUGAUUAUCAUAUUAUUUCUUUAUUUUUAUACGCCCAGGUCAUUUAAUUUAUGUUUUUUUAAUACACGGGAAAUUUGAUUUUUGAUGGAUCAAAAUAGUAAUGGUGGUUGUCUUUCCAUGUUUUCCCCUGAUGACAAUAUUUGAUUAUCACAUGUGGAUUAUCAAGAGCAAUGAAAAGAUUGCAGAUUCUAGAAUGCAUAUCUUACAUUAAAUUGUAGUCAGGAACUACAAUUGUGAUAUGUAUAGAUGUUACUAGAAGUUUGAUAUUUCAAUAUUUUUGCUAUUUAGUAUAUGGAAUUGUAAAUUGUGUCAGUUAAAGGAACAGAAUGGUGAAUUGGAUUUGCUUUCAGGGACAAUCUCAACUUAAAUGGUUCUACAUUAAGUAGCUACCUCCAUGUUAGUUUCCAUGUGACCAUUCCAUGUUUACAAAUUAUAGGACUUCCAUUGGUUCAGACAUCUACUAGUUAAUGUUCUAAAUUAAAGAUAUUUUUUAAAUUUAAAUCUCAUCUUCUUAAAUUUAUGUUAUGUCUGUUCUUUUGGAAUGUGUAUAAUAUAUUGGUAUCCCUGGGUUCUAUCUACAAACAAAUGUUCAUUUUCACUAUAAAUAUUUGGGCUGUACAAAUUGAAAAAUCUUUAAAAAUAUAGAUCCUGUAAAUUAAGUAAAGAUUUGCUAGUAGAUUUCAUAUAAAUGUUUUUGGUUAAAUAUAAAGACUGUUAGAAUAACAUAUAUUAUAUAUUAGUAUAAAUCCACUCACAUACUACCACGAAUCUCACCAAUUGAUUUAUUCCCAUACUCACUGUCUAUUGAGCCAUAAAUAGUGAGUAGCGAAAAAGUGGCGACAAAAGCGGUUAUUUAUUAUAAAAAUCAUUUAUUUGAAGGUAGUAUGUGAGUGGAUUUAGACUGAAACAAUAAGACUACUUGUUCUCGUUUUCUAUGAGUCAAAUAGUCAACUUGGCACAAUGCGCCUCGUUGACUAUCUAUUGACUCAUAGAAAACUCGAACCCACUAAUUGUUAAAUAUAUUAUAUAUAUUUCUUAUUGUAAACAUAAACAAUAAAAAUCUCAAUAUUAUAAUACUAUAUUGCAAAGAGCUAAAAACGGCAUCAGCCUUCAUGUAUGAAUAAUGUAUGAUUGCAGGCUUGCUCUCAUGACUAUGUAAGUCAUGGUCAUUGAGUAUUGCACAUAGGGGACCCACAUAGGCUCGAUUUUCAGCCAUCGCUUGGCCACAUCGGCCAUUCGGGGUCCAGGAGACCAGAUUGCGGGUUUCACAUACUGCAAAAUAGCUGGAAAUCAAGUCUAUUUUAAACAAUCAUUAAAUAGACUGAGAUCAUUGUAAGAAGAAGAUGAUGAUUAAUCCAUAGUGUCUAUGUAAUAAAUGCUUGCUAUUCAGGCUGAUUUUGUUUGUCUUUUCUUUCACCUCAAUUUCCAACUAAGGACCGAAUGUGGGUGCCCAGGUAGUAAAGGAAUAAUAAUAAUGUAUAAAUUUUUAUGGAUGAUAAGUUUUUCUUAGUGAGCUUUGGGAGAAAUUUAGUAAAAGAAAGGAAAUCAAGUUAGACUUUUUCUUUAGGUUAUAGAGUAAGCCAAGCCACUAGCAUUUUAUUGUAUUGUAUUAGAACUACUAAUAAUAGAUUGAACAAUUUAUUGUUUAACUUUAUAUUAUACAGUAUAUAUCAUAGUUGCAUAAAUUUAAUGCCAGACAUUGGCCCAGCCACUAUUUGCUAAUGAUGUAAGGUGAUACCACAGAGAUGAUGAAGGUUUCCUGUGGCAUGCAUCAUGGGGUGUAUAUCAUUCACCGUACUGUCUGGGUUAAAGUCUGCCAGUGCUCAAGAUUUAUUGAUCAUGCUUUAGAUCAAAAAUAAUUUUUAGUCUAUUGGAAUUUUAGCAAAAAAAGUAUUUUAAGUAGAUGCCAUAAGUUAUCUAUCCAGCCAUCCAUAGUGGUUUGAAUGGAUAAAAUGGUACUACUCAUCAUUAUCACUGUCCAAAAAUCUUUAGUAAAUGUGACUCUAGUAUGUAGCAAAGGGUGUAGGGAAAAAGUGUACAUAUCUAGCAGAUUACAUUCUUAUUUUCAGCUUGCUUUUUAAACAAGACAGACGUUUUUUUAUGGACUCGUGCAAUGUACACUUGCAGAUCUAAUAAAAAAAACAUCAUCAAAGUCCAA